UCUUCUGUCCACUUUCACUUUAGCUGACAGAGGAGAAUCAGGCUGACCUCCCAGAAAUGCUGUGACCAGAAUAUCACACUGCUGAGAUUAUAUACUGUCACACGGGAUAUAAAAUCUUAAACCUGCAGAGCAGCCUCGACUGAACACACACACCUUCUCACUCUGAACUUUAUCGACACCAUGGCCUCAUGUGGUGAAGAUACCAUAGAGACUGCAGCUGUGGGAAGACCGUUCCAGCUCGGCAUGCUGUAUGACUGCCGGAAAGGAUGCUCUCAUUCCAGGUGUAACCUUAUGGGAUCUAAAGGAGCUACAAAAGAAUACAAGUGUGCAACAACAAAAUAAUACUGAGUUUAAUGUCACAGCAUCAGAUUCGAUUGAGGAGAAGUCCAAUUUGUUAAAGAUCUCUGGCUCUCUUAAACUGAGUCUGUUGGGAGGACUGGUGAACGUGAGAGGAUCAGCAAAAUAUUUCCAAGACACAAAGAAAUCUCAGAAACAAGCUCGAGUGACUCUUCAGUACAACGCAACAACAAAGUUUGAAACACUGACAAUGUCUCACCUGGCUCAUGGACAGGUAUCUCAUCCUAAUGUGUUUGAAGACGACACUGCCACUCACGUGGUCACAGCCAUCCUGUAUGGAGCUGGAGCUUACUUUGUGUUUGACAGAGAAUCAUCACUUAGAGGACGAGACAAAACAAGUGGAGGGAGAAGCUAACCUCACCUUCAACAAGCUGAAAUUCCUCACAGUAGAUGCUGAGGCUUCAUUCAACAUGGAUGACAAAGAGAGAGCAGCAGUAAAAAAUUUUAGCUGCACGUUUCACGGAGACUUCAAGCUACCCUCCAACUCAACGUCCUUCACUGAUGCUGUGAAAGUUUACAGGACCCUUCCUGACCUGCUGGGACAGGAUGGAGAACAUGCUGUUCCUCUCAGGGUGUGGCUAUACCCUCUGGUGAAGCUGGAUUCAAGAGCGGCAAGACUCCAAAGAGACAUCAGCCGUGCUCUCAUCACGUGCUCAUCAGAAACUAUAGAGAGUUUAAACAGGACAGAGAUGAGAUGCAGCGACCUCCUGAAAGACACCGCAGCAACAACAUUUCCUGCCAUGGAGAAGAAGGUUCAGGAUUUGAUGCAGAUGUGUCGCCAGUACAAGCUUGACUUCAUGCAGAAGAUCGGGUCAGUGCUUCCUUCAAUCCGAGGGGGUGGGAAAGAGGAGAGUGUCCUUGAGGAAAUCCUUAAGGCUCAUGAGAGGUCACCAUUCAACAACAAAGACCUGGAUCAGUGGCUAAAAACCAAAGGGAAGGAAUCAGAUACUCUGAAAUCCUUCCUUAAACAGCUGGACAAACUAGGUGUGAAAAUGGAAGACCAUCUGGAUGACCUGUUGUCUGAUUUAGAUGUCAGAAAUGUUGUGUGCUUUUCAUUUACCUCUGUAGACCAGCCUGAUGCUUUCCUGGUCAAACUGUCCAAUCAUCUCAGACCAGCAGGAAUGGUGGACUCUGCUGGAUCCUCUGAUCUACAGGACACGAACACAGACUGGCUCUCCAGUGAUACUCGACAGACAAUGAGGAAACAACUGAAACUGUUUGGAGAACUGAAGAAGUCCAGCAACAGUGAUGACACCAAAUUCAUAGUUACAUCAAAAUAUGCUGAGAGUCAUCCUGGAGCGUGUAUUUUCAUAUAUGAAGACGGGUGUGAUGAUGCAGUCUGCUUUGUUUCUCCAUCAAAACCUGCUACUCCAUCCACCACUGCAUCAUAUGACAGCUUCACAGUUACAGUAUCUGAACCAGACUCUGUCACUGUAGAGUACACAGUAGACUACAGACAGAAACAGCAGCAGGACACUGAAUGGACAUCUCACCCAGUGAAGAAGAACCAAGAGACAGUAACUCUGUCAGGACUAAAGCCAGACACUGAGUAUGAGAUCAGAGCCACAGCUGUGGGUAAACUCAGCUAUGCUGUCAGCAGUGAUGUCUGCAGGGCUGUAACCCUCACAGCAGUUGGUCCACCCACUCAGGUAAAAUACACUGAAGUGAAAGCAAACUCCAUCACUCUGACAUGGAGCAACCCGUCUGUCCAACGCUGUGAAUCUGUAAAACAGUUUAUCAUUGAGUUCAGAGAGGAGAACAGCAGUCAGUGGCAGAGUAAAGAGACCAGAGAGGAGGUCUACACAUUCACUCUGAACAGCCUUAAACAGGAUACAGUCUACUCCAUCAGGAUGUGCACAGAUGGAGGUGUUGGAGUAAGUCAGCCUGGUGAAGAACUCAAUGUUAAAACUAAGAAAGAACCACUGGAUGCAAAGAAGUCCACACUCAUCCAAGAGAUGCAGAAAACCACCAAGAUGCUGAUGAAGCCCAAUGCAAACUGGGAGGAGUACCUGACUCCUGCUCCCCUCUCUAUCGCCAUCAUAGGGGAACUCGUCUUCAUCUCCCACUGUGAUGACUUCUCCAUCAACAAGAACCCCCCAAAAGGUGGCUACAAGUUCAUAAAGUUCCCAGACUCCUUCAGGGCUUGUCUUAUGCAGGUCUAUGACUCGUUGUCACACGCAUUCAACAAGGCACACAAGAACAUGGAUCAGAUCUGCAUUCACAUGAGCACAGUUCCUGAUUACAUGAAGGCUGCAGUCAACAUUCUGUUCAAUGGCACUGAUGAAGUUAUUGAAACUCCUCUGCCAAAUCAACUGGAAAACAUUCACACCAUUCCAGACGAGUGCGUGACAUUAGCAGACAGUGUUGAAAAGAAGUAUGCUGAUGUUAUCAAUUUAAUCCAGGACCUGUUGGAGGCCUGUGCCACUGCUGAACACUUUUAUGGAGAAGAACUGGAAAAGGUUCAGAUGAAACUGGAGGAAACCAAACUGAAGGAGCAGAGUGCAAGACAGCUGAGUGAACAAUCCAAGAAAGCACAACAGUCAUAUGAGAAGUGUGUGGAGAAGAAUCAGAAGGAGCUGACUGAUGUUCUGUUCUGCCAAAUCAAAAUGCUGGUCAAAGGUGUCCAUUCCAUGGGCAGAGUCAAAGAGCAGUGGGAGAAGAUGGUGCUGUUCUUCCAUAUGGUCUCCAACAUUGUCAAAAUCAGCCUCAACAAGACAAUGCACAAUUUUAUCAAGGCAGCUGAUGACAUAAAGGUGCUUUCUUACAAUGAGAAGCUCUUUGUAAAAGACCUCCUGUACAAACAGGCCUUUGAAGCCUCCAACAUUGUCAGCCUGUUCCACAUGAUCUCAGAGACCUACACUCAAGUGUCCAAUAAGUACCUGAUGGACAGAGUGAGCAGCCUGGGUAAGCUCAUGGCCAUGGAUAAGGAGAGACCAGAGUUCCUUCAUGAGCGUCUGAAGCUGCAGGAGUCCUGUCAGGAAGCUCAGAGAGGGAUUCUGCAGCUGGUCCUGGAGAACAAGAAAAAAUUUGAGAUGAAGACCGAUGCCAGGAUGAAGAAAAUAGAGGGUGACCUGAAGGCCAUUCUGCCAGCUGCUGAACCUGAGGAGACGGAGAGAAUCAAAGAGAUCGUUCAGGCCGGCUUCAGUAAAGAAGAAGAGGAUUACUACUGAUUCAGGUUCAUUGUUUACUGCAGGAAUCUAGAUAACCAUGGUAUAUCACAGUAUGAUACAGAAGCUUCAUAUGCAGGUGUUAGCAAGUCCUCUCAUAACCAGAGUGAGUUGUCACUGGUGUUGGGUCAAGUUUUUUUUCCACUUUGUUGUUUCCUUGAGUUUUAUAGUGAUCAGUGUUUAGACAGUGUAAACCUGAGUAUAAACCAGAGAAAUCCUGUCUGUGUUCAUAUAACUAACCUAACCCUAACCCUCUGCAGAGAUAAAUCUAAUGUGUGUGUCAUGGUUAAUCACACAACAUUACUUCUGCACAGUGAAACCAUUCAGACUCUGAUUAUGGUCUGCACUUAUUGUUACUCCACCCAUGGCAGAAGUAGGGCGUUGUUUUCAUAUGUAGUUGGAAAUGCUCUGCCAGUUGUUGAGAGAGAGCAAAGGUGAAGUGUUUCAUUCUACCUGAAGUCCAACAAUAAGACGUCUACAGGGAGAGGAAGAGGAGGAGGAAGAGAGAGAGAGCGACAGCUUUACCUCACCAGCUGAAAAGACAUUGUACAGCUGAUGUUUAACUGGGACAUAAACUGUGUGUGUUCAACACCUGUUGUUGGAAGUUUCCUCAGUCUGUGCCCAGUUAUAACAGGUAUAACAACAGGUGUCUGUGUACGUUGGAAGAAAACAGGAUUUCUGCUGAGUGUGUGACGACCUUAUUUAGACGACGGCUGCAUGAACGUCAGAUCAAUGUUCCAUGUAACCAAUUCAAUCUCUGCUCCUGACAUGAUAUGAAAGGCCUUUGAGUACUGAUCCUAUGAAAUGUCUUUCAUUUGAAAUAAAUACCAUUUACAGAUUGUUUGGAGUAAGAAGAUGUGAGACCCUCCUCAGCUUUAUCUCAACAAAAAAGAGGCUCAGACUUUGUCAGGUGUUGAAAUCAUUUUGACUGUUUCUUUGUUUUCCAGGUGCAGACCUGCACCACAGCUGUAAAACAUCAGGUUUUCUCUGUCACAGACUGGCUGCACAUCUUUAGCACUCACUUAUUUUAGAGAAGAAUCAUUUAUUUUAAUUCGUCCUUUCUGUUCAACAAAGUCAUUUCUCCUUGAAAUGGAAAUGUAAUAGUUUUUGGUUUUCUUCUCAUUUUCAAAAGUAUUUAACCUUUACUUUAGCUGCAUGUAAUCUGUUACAUUUCAGUCACCCUUGACUCUGGAUACUUUUGAAGACUUUGGACUCCACACCUCACAGCAGUGCGUUGUUCUGUUAAUAAAAAGUAUGAGUCUAUUCUCAGGCCUGUGAUGUUCCCUGUCUUAGAACCAUGUCAGUUUCUGGUGAAACACUGAUCUGCUGCCACACACAUCAUCAGGAGCAGGUAUCCAAGUACUGGAUCAUGAAUGACAUGUAAAUAAACAUCAUUAUGAAUCACUCACAAA